GUGGAAGCAAAACAAUAAAGAUUCCCAAAUCAAAUAGCUAUCUCUGCGGGCGAUGAAGGAUCGUCUCAGUCGGCGGUGAUGAAGGCCGUCGGCCCGCCGUGAAGUAGAAAAAAGAUAGCAAAUCUUCUGUUUUCCUUUGAUCAUUCCGCCGAUCACCUUGAUCAUGAGCCUGGACGAUCUGAACAAGGUAUGGGAGAUCAAAAUUCUCAAGAAGCCCGGCGAGGAUGAGGCCCGCCGUCUCCUUGACCGCAUCGCCAAGCAGGUCCAGCCCAUUAUGCGUCGCCGCAAGUGGAAGGUUAAACUCCUCUCCGAGUUCUACCCGACCAAUCCGGCUCUUUUAGGGCUAAAUGUUGGUGGUGGCGUCGAGGUGAAGCUUCGGCUGAGGCGGCCUGGCAGGGAAUGGGAUUUCUUCCCGUUCGAGCAGGUUCUUGAUACAAUGCUCCACGAGCUGUGCCACAUCGUGCAUGGGCCGCACAAUGCCUCGUUCUAUAAGCUCUGGGAUGAGUUGCGCAAGGAAUGUGAUGAACUGGUUGCAAAGGGGAUAACUGGUACUGGACAAGGAUUUGACACCCUUGGAAGACGCUUAGGUGGCUUCUCUGUCCAGCCUUCAGUAUCAUCGCUCCGGCAGGCUGCAGUUGAUGCUGCAGCCAAACGAGCUCGCACUGGGGCUUUGCUACCAUCUGGACCAAACAGAUUAGGUGGAAAUAGUGAAAUCAUGGGUGCGCUUAGUCCAAUACAAGCUGCUGCCAUGGCUGCAGAGAGAAGAUUGUAUGAUGAUAUAUGGUGUGGAUCUGUGUCAGAAGAAAUUAAUCUAAUAGAAAGUAUCACCGAAAUUUCAAAGCAUCCUGCUCCUGAAAUAGGUGAGUCAUCAAAUUCUAAUGGGGAAAAGAAAGGGGAUUUAGGUGGUACUGGUAAAAUUGAGAAAGGAUGGACCAAUUUGCACAGUAAAGGCAAGGGUGAAGAGUCUACAUCUAGUAUCACCUUUGAUAGGGCAACAAUGCCAGGUGGGUCAAUGUCACCUUACCCCAAACACGAUACAGACGAUAAGGUUAUUUGGGAGUGCAGCAAAUGCACUCUAUUCAAUCAACCUCUGGGACUAACAUGUGAAGCUUGUGGCGCCCCAAAACCAAAAGCAGCUGAGUCUAAAUUUAAGACCUGGUCGUGCAAAUUUUGUACUCUAGAGAACAGCACUAAGCAAGACAAAUGUUCAGCUUGUGGCCAAUGGAGAUAUUCAUAUGGCCCACCUUUAGAUACUUAGAUUGCUAUAGUCAAUUAUGGAGCUUGAGUGAUCUGCUUCAUAUAUUCUAGGUGCCAGAUGAACUGCGUAUGAUAUUUUUCUAAGAUGUUACUUGUGCUUCCACCAUGACAGCCUCAUUUUGAAAUACUUCAUAGCACCUUUUGGGCUUUUAUCCA